AUCCACCAGCUCGCACAUUACUCCUACCAGAUCUUGAUACUCCUUUGCACAACUCCUCAAUAUUCUACACAGCCGUCAACAUGCAGCUGUCGCUCUUCUCCACCAUCACCCUGUGGCUUGCGGUCACCGCCAUUGCCGCCCCUAUCACCGAGCAUGGCAAAACUACGCAGCUAUGUAAGUUCGUGUGCGAUGAAGCCGCUGCCAGUACCAACUCGGCCACCGAGGAUGGCGAAACUACGCAGCUAUCCACGGCCGGCAACGGAGAAAGCCUGUCCCACGAGUCAGCGUGCACUAUAGGCGAUGAGGAAAUCAUGCACGGGAACGCCGACCACGAAUUCAAAACAAUGUGCGAAGAACAAGGCGGAAAGCUGUGACAGGAGUGCUUCCUCAACGGCGACGAGUUCGUUCCCUUAGCCACAGAUUUGAUCCCCGACGAGUGCGCGUGGACUUGCUACAGGGAGGGUGGGACGCUGCAGGACGUCGUGCCCAGUGCUCCGGCCGUCGGGAAGCGCCAGAUCCGCUUUGGCGACCCAGAGUGUUUGCUUUUGGCGUGUUUCGGACAGUAGCAGAGGAGGUGUGGAUCUGUGGCAGUUUUGUGUGUUUAGUUUGUACAAUAUCAAUGUACUUUGUUUGAACUUUGUACAGAAUAGCUGAAUGGGA